CGUUCGGUGCUGAAGUGGGGCGGAUGGCAGAGAAAAAAACAGCGGCGAUGGACGUUUCACCGCAGGAUUCACACCCACGAUGUCGCUAAACAAGCAUCGGGACACCCUGGGACACUGACAGCCCGACACCAAGAGGAUGCUGUACCUUCACUGCUCCCUGCACUCUCAAGUCCAUAAAUGACCCUUUCACCGAGAUCUGAGAGGAGCGGGUUCAAAUAAGGAAGCAAGGAGAGGAAGAAGUCCCAUUUCAUCUCCGCUCUCGUGUCCCAUUUUGUGCCAGUCCAUCAGGGAUGGUGAGACCAGCAACCUCUCUUUCCAGUGAGCCAAACAGCCGGUCCGCUAGCCAAACAGACGCCCAGACAGCCCACCAGUCGGUCACUCCGUCAACAAGCCCGCUAUCGUCCAGCAACCUAUUACCUCACGCCAUGACUGCUCUCUCUGACCUGUUUUUAGGAACUCACUAAUUCAUGCCCCGUAGUGUGAGUGGAGUGGAGAUGAGAAAAAGGCAGGCGGCGCACAUCGAGGCCCCCCCCCAGGCCCCCGGACAACCCCGACCCAACACCUGCUGCCUCUGCUGGUGCGGCUGCUGCAAGUGUCUCUGGAAUGAAGACAGGUUGGAGAGGAGUGAACGACAGACCUGCACCAAGAUGGACAGUAUUGAAGCUGCGGAUGAACAACACCCCAGUCUAGACGAGGUGCUGUCGUGGGCACGGAGCUUUGAGAUGAUGCUGCGCUCGCUGGAGGGCCGGGAGGUCUUCCAGGAGUUCCUGCGCUCGGAGUACAGCGAGGACAACCUGCUUUUCUGGUUGGCCUGCGAGGAGCUGAAAAAGGAGACGGAUCCCGUGGUGGUGGAGGACAAGUCCAGGAUCAUAUACGAAGACUACGUGUCCAUAUUAUCACCCAAAGAGGUGAGUCUGGACUCGCGGGUCAGAGAAGGAAUAAACCAGACCCUGACGGAGCCCAGCAACCUGAUGUACGAGGAGGCCCAGUUCCAGAUCUACACCCUCAUGCACCGUGAUUCCUACCCACGUUUCCUCAACUCCUCCGUUUACAGAGACCUCCUGGCCAACAGGAGGCGCACCUGCCUCGACCCCUAGACUCCUCCGCCCUCCCUCAUCGCCAUCGUACGC